AUGCACUUCAAGGCUUCUUUCCUGGCUGCCGCCGCCGCCGUCGGCCCGGCAUUCGCCCACAGCAGCUCAGUCCAGACCACCACCUCUGCUUCGGCUUACUUGGGCGGGCUGAACCUCUACUGGGGACAGUACGGCCUUCCCGACGACAGGCUUGCCAACUACUGCGAUGCCCCCGGCGUCACCUCUGUUUCUCUCUCCUUCGUCACUUACAGCCCGAAGUGGGGUAACGGAUACCCGGGAACCAACUUUGCCGGCCACUGCGGCGGCGAGGUGUUCUUCAAGAACCCCCUGACCGGCUUGACCACCAAGCUCAUCACCAACUGCGACUACAUCAAGACGGACAUCAAGUACUGCCAGAGCAAGGGAAUCAAGGUGCUCCUGAGUGUCGGCGGCCAGUGCGACACGUCCCUGACCGGCGGAAACGGAUGCCCCUACGACGUCGAUAGCGAAGCCGCUGGCAAUGAGUUUGGAGAGCUCCUGCACAAGACUUUUGGUCCCUACGACCCAACCUGGACUGGUCCUCGUCCGUUUGAUAUUAGCUUGACGGAGCACGUCUCCGUCGACGGUUUCGACAUCGACUUUGAGUUCAAGUACGCCGACCAAAAGCCCUACAUUGCGCUGGUUGAGAAGCUCCGCAGCUGCGGUAACUACCAUAUCUCUGCCGCUCCCCAAUGCCCUACCGGCGACCAGUGGUUCCAGCUGAAGGAGCUCAUAUAUACCGUCAAGUUCGACGCUCUCUUCAUCCAGUUCUUCAACAACCCCGGCUGCCAGAUCUCCGACGCCCCCAACUACGACGACUGGGAGACGGUCAUCUCUCAGACUUCGCAGAGCAAGGAUGCCAAGCUGUACCUCGGUGUUCUUGCCAGCCCUGCCGCUGGCUGGGCUGGUUACGUCGCCCCGUCCGUCGUCAAGGACUUGAUCUGCAAGGUCAAGGCCAAGGCGCACUUUGGCGGUGUCUCCGUCUGGGACGCCACCCGCGGCGGCAUGAACCUCGUCGGCGGCGAGGCUUUCCACGUUGCUAUCGCGGCUGCCCUGAAGUACGGUUGCGACGAGAUUCCUUCCAACAGCGCGUCCAUCUCGGCCUCCGCCUCGGCUUCUGUCGUCAACAGCGCGAGCGUCUCGGCUUCUGCUUCGGCGGCCAGCGUAAGUGCUAGUGCAUCUGCCUCAGACUCCGGUCCCAUGGUCAACUCGGCUACCGUCUCCGUCUCUGGAUCCGCCAGCGGUGCCGCCUCUGCCUCUGCUGCCAACAGCGUUUCCGCUGCCGCCAGUGCGAGCGCGAGCGCGAGCGACAGCGCUUCGGCAUCGGGCUCCGGCUCUGGUUCUGGAUCUGCCUCCAUCUCUGACGCUGGCUCCAACUCGGCCACUAUCUCUGUUUCUGGGUCUGCGAGCGCCGCUGCAUCCGCCUCGGCGCCCGGCUCAGCUGCCAGUGCUUCCGCCUCUGACUCUGGUUCUGCCUCCGUCUCCGAUGCCGGCUCCAACUCGCUCACCAUCUCUGCUUCUGCGUCUGCAACCGGCGCGGCGUCUGCAUCGGGUUCUGCUUCGGCCACUGGUGCCUCAGUUUCGGGCUCCGUCUCUGAUGCCGGUUCUGUCGUCAACUCAGCAACGGUUUUCGCCUCUGCUUCCGCUUCUGCUGCAGCCAGCGCUAGUGCCAGUGCCUCUGCUUCGGCAACUGACGUCUGCGAGGAAGACAACGAUGGUUUCCCCUCCGGCACGGCGAGCAAGACCGGUAGUGCCUCUGCAGCUGCUACUGGCGGUGCUUCCGCGGGAGCUCCUGGUGGCGUCUCUGCUGGAGCUUCUGGCAGCGCUUCUGCUGCUGCGACUGGAGGUAGCAAUGUCUCCGCGAGCGGUUCCAACGCUGGCGCGUCUGCUACCGCCGUUGCCACUGGCACCGACGGCCUUCCUCUGCCCACGCCUGUUGACACCAACAACGCGUCUGGAAGCAACUCGGCCUCUGGAAGUGCGAAGGCCGUCCCCACCGGCUCCGGCGCCAGCGGAACUGCAACUGCGAUUGCCACCGGCACCGAUGGCCUGCCUUUGCCUACCCCGGUUGAUACCAACGGCGCAUCCGGUAGCGACUCUGCUACCGGAACUGCCAAGGCCGUUGCCACGGGCUCUGGCUCGCUCAGCGUCACUGGUUUCGUUUCUGACAAGGCGACUGGAACUGGUUCAACCGCUGUCCCUGCGCAAAACACCUUCACCGUGUCGCAGGCCAUGACCACCAGCACCGUGUUCACCACCUCGGUCUACACCGUCACCUCGUGUGCGUCUUCCAUCACCAACUGCCCUGUUGGACAGGUGACCACUGACACCAUCGCCUUGUACACGACCGUCUGCCCUGUCAGCGCCGCUUCCACUGCCGCUGCCACGCCUUCCAUCACACAGUUCACUACCAGCACCGUUUACAAGACCAACGUCUACACGGUCACCUCGUGUGCCUCCACCGUCACCAACUGCCCCGUUGGCCAAGUCACCACCAAGGUUGUUCCGUGGUACACCACCAUCUGCCCCGUCACUGCCGCGACGCCCACGACGAAGGCGUCUACCAAGGGCAAUGACAGGGCAUCCACCAAGACCGGGAAGGAGUCUCACAAGCACUCCAAGACGGAUAGCGCCUCCGAGACGCCCAAGGCCACGGACAACGGCAGCAGCCCCAAGACGACUCCUGGCCAGGGAGGCAACAAGGACGUUCCCAAGACCACUGGGGGUGGCCAGGGCGGCAGCAACCAACCCUCGGUCAGCGUCCCUGCCUCUCCCAAGACCACGAGCCCCGGCGGCGGCAGCAGUGACAAGUGCACCGGCGCCAACUGCUCCAGCAACAACGGAGGUAACAACGGAGGUAACAACGGUGGAAACAACGGUGGAAACAACGGCGGCAAGGACUCGACCACGACGCUCAAGACGACGCUGAUCGUCCCCAUCACGACGGUCGGCAAGUCCAACUCCACUAUUCCGGCGACGGGCACCGGGUCCCCCAACAAGCCCACUUCCGGCAUCACCACGGCCACUCCCAUCACGACCAAGCCGGUCCAAGCUGGCGCAGGCAAGGUCGGCGUCUUUGGCUUCGCGGGAUUUGCCGCGGUUGCCGCCGCAUUUCUUUUGUAA